CCUGGUUGCUAGGCGGAAGCGGGGCGCGGCGGCUGCAGCUGCGGCUGCCCGGGCGUUUGAAAAGCGGCCCCACAGGCGGCAAAAGGUCCUCCGGUGGCGGGUUCGCUUCUCCCUGCAGACAGUCCGGGGGACCGAGCGGCCUUUGCCUUUCCGUGGAGUCGGGGCAGGACCCCGCCUGUGGGCCGCUCACCGCGACCAUGGUCUCCAAGUCCGACCAACUGCUCAUCGUCGUAUCCAUCCUAGAAGGUCGUCAUUUCCCCAAGCGUCCAAAACAUAUGCUUAUAGUAGAAGCAAAGUUUGACGGAGAACAGUUGGCUACUGACCCUGUGAACCACACCGACCAGCCAGAAUUUGCUACCGAGUUAGCCUGGGAGAUCGACAGGAAAGCACUCCAUCAGCACAGGCUGCAACGCACGCCUAUCAAACUGCAGUGUUUUGCCUUGGAUCCCGUAUCUUCAGCCAAGGAAACUAUAGGCUACAUUGUGCUAGACUUGAGGACUGCUCAAGAAACAAAGCAGGCGCCAAAAUGGUACCAGCUGUUGAGUAAUAAAUACACCAAGUUCAAGUCGGAGAUACAGAUAAGCAUUGGUUUGGAAACAGACACCAAGGCACCAGUGGAUAGUUUUAAAGCAAAAGGAGCCCCACCUCGAGAUGGAAAAGUACCUGCCAGCUUGUCUGGCCUCAACCCCAAGGACAUUGUGGCAGUGCUGAAUGAGGAGGGAGGCUACCAUCAGAUUGGACCAGCCGAGCAUUGCACAGACUCCUUCAUUAUGUCAGUGACCAUAGCAUUUGCCACCCAACUGGAGCAGUUAAUUCCGUGUACCAUGAAACUUCCGGAACGACAGCCUGAGUUUUUCUUUUACUAUUCUUUGCUGGGAAAUGAUGUUACAAACGAACCCUUCAGUGAUUUGAUCAACCCAAACUUUGAGCCAGAGAGAGCAUCUGUUCGAAUACGUAGCAGCAUAGAAAUUCUUCGUGUUUACCUGGCACUUCAGUCUAAACUACAGAUCCAUCUUUGCUGCGGAGACCAGUCACUUGGAAGUACAGAAGUGCCCUUAACCGGACUGCUGAAAAAGGGGAGUACGGAAAUCAACCAGCGCCCCGUUACAGUUGAGGGUGCUUUUAUUCUUGACCCUCCGAAGCGAGCCAAGCAAAAGCUUGCACCUAUUCCUGUGCAGCUGGCCCCCACUGUGGGCGUGUCUGUGGCUCUGCAGAGAGAAGGCAUAGAUGCCCAGUCUUUAAUUGAAUUAAAGACCCAGAACGAACAUGAGCCACAGCAAUCAAAGAAGCAAGUUUUAACUCCUGUAAAAGAGAAGACGCUCGCUGGGCCAAAGUCACCAAGCGUGUCCCCUGUUCCACCUCAAAACCAGUCGCCUCCAACCCAAGAUGAUGCAACCGGAAGUGAAGUGGAGAGCCUGCAGUAUGACAGGGACAUGAAACCAAACGCAAAGGCCAUGGGUUCUUCUUUGCCUCUUCCGGUGGCCCAGCCAGUGACCACAGCCACUGCUUCAGAAACCGCCUCGGGACAGAAGAUUGCGGUGCCAGCGACAUCACAUCAUUUUUGCUUCUCAAUAGACUUAAGGAGUAUCCAUGAUUUGGAAGCUGGUUUUCCAAUCAACUGUAUGUUAAGGUACUCCUAUCCAUUCUUUGGUAGUGCAGCUCCUAUUAUGACAAAUCCUCCUGUAGAAGUUCGCAAAAACAUGGAAGUUUUUCUUCCACAGUCUUACUGUGCAUUUGACUUUGCAACUAUGCCUCAACAGCUGCAGGAUACCUUCUUAAGGAUUCCACUGCUGGUUGAAUUAUGGCACAAGGACAAAAUGAGUAAAGAUUUACUCCUGGGAAUCGCCAGGAUCCAGCUUUCUAACGUCUUGUCUUCAGAAAAAACUCGCUUUUUAGGUUCCAGUGGUGAACAGUGUUGGCGUCAGACGUACAGUGAAAGUGUGCCUUUUAUAGCAGCACAGGGGUCAAACAACAGGAUAAUGGAUCUUUCUUACACAGUAACUCUAGAAGAUUAUGGACUAGUAAAAAUGCGUGAGAUUCUUGUAUCUGAUUCAUCUCAGGGUUUAUCUGCUGGGCAACAGAAGGCAUGUUCCCUUCCUCCAGCACCUUGUCCUUCAGAAAUCCAGACAGAGCCUCGAGAAACCUUAGAAUACAAAGCAGCACUAGAGCUAGAAAUGUGGAAAGAGAUGCAGGAGGACAUUUUCGAAAAUCAGCUAAAGCAGAAGGAGUUGGCUCAUAUGCAGGCUCUUGCAGAGGAAUGGAAGAAAAGAGACCGAGAAAGAGAAUCACUCGUAAAGAAAAAGGUGGCUGAAUAUACUGUCCUAGAAGGAAAACUUCAAAAAACCCUAAUUGACUUAGAGAAACGAGAGCAGCAGCUGAUCAUUGCAGAGUCAGAGGUUCAAAGAGAAAGGAAGGAACUGAAAUCAGAACGUGACCGGAACCUGCAAGAACUUCAGGACUCCAUCCGCAGGGCCAGAGAAGAUUGUGUUCACCAAGUAGAACUAGAAAGGUUAAAGAUCAAGCAGCUAGAAGAGGACAAACAUCGACUGCAGCAGCAGCUUAAUGAUGCUGAAAAUAAGUAUAAGAUUUUGGAAAAAGAGUUCCAUCAGUUCAAGGAUCAGCAAAGCAACAAACCUGAAAUCCGCCUUCAGUCUGAAAUAAAUCUACUCACCUUGGAAAAGGUUGAACUUGAAAGGAAGUUGGAAUCUGCAACUAAGUCUAAACUACAUUACAAGCAGCAGUGGGGACGAGCUUUGAAAGAACUUGCCAGACUUAAACAGCGGGAACAAGAAAGUCAAAUGGCUCGUCUUAAAAAACAGCAAGAAGAAUUGGAACAGAUGAGACUACGUUACCUGGCUGCUGAGGAAAAAGAUACAGUCAAGACGGAGAGACAAGAAUUGUUGGAUAUAAGGAAUGAAUUAAACAGGUUAAGGCAACAAGAACAAAAACAGUACCAGGAUUCCAGAGAGAUUGCAAGUGGAAAAAUGGACAGCCCACGUGGCAACCCAUUGGAAGAAGGCUUGGAUGAUUAUUUGACUCGACUCAUAGAAGAAAGGGAUACUUUGAUGCGGACGGGUGUGUAUAAUCACGAGGAUCGAAUAAUAAGCGAACUAGACCGACAGAUCAGAGAGGUUUUGGCAAAACACAAUGCCAGUAAUUAAUAACAUUUGGAAAAUCUUUACAGAGACUCCAGGCUUAAAUUUUAAUUUCAUUGUCAAACUCUCAAAAGAAGAGAAAAUGGAUGUUUUAAAAACCUAUUUUCAAUUUUUUACAAGGAGAAUUUUGUAUGUUAUUGUACAGUAUUUAUUUGAUUUUAUUUACCUUAUGCUACCUCUCCCACCCUGGUUUUGUCAUUGCAUUUUAUACACUCACUUUAAAUGACUUUUCAUUAUUUCCCAUAAUUUAUGAUUUCAUGGCUAACUUUCAGAACAGCUUUUCAUGAGAUUUGUUUUUAGAGAAACGACUAUGGUAGUUUCCAGUUACCUAAUUUUUCAUGUUGAGCCAAAAGAGUCUAUGUUGCACUUUAAAAAAAGCCGUGUCCUGUUCAUUUGAAUAUAGAGAUCUCUCCAAUUUUAUUUUACUCAUGUUAGAUGGCCUGUGUUUUUAACUUGUAACUAUUUGCCAAGGACAGGUUUGACAACAGAAAACAGGAUCGAUGCAGAGAAGCCAUAACACACACUGAAUGACAAAAAGUCAUUUGUGUAAAUAAAAUUCAUACAGAGCAAACUUGUUUCAGCAAGUAUUGAAUUUCCAAAUUUUCCGUGUGCUAUUAUCUUGCAGGAAGAUGACAGUACUA